AUGGCUCUGGUGAUCCCUUUGACCCCUACGGCGCUCCGCUGGCCGCUGACGCGGUAUCCAGAAGACGCGCACUGGCGCUCCGCUGGCCGCUAUGCGGCGACAAAUGUGGCGCUAAGGGCGCUCCGCUGGCCGCUAUGCGGCGACAAAUGUGGCGCUAAGGGCGCUCCGCUGGCCGCUGACGCGGUAUCCAAGAAGACGCGCACUGGCGCUCCGCUGGCCGCUAUGCGGCGGCAAAGGUGGCGCUACGGGCGCUCCGCUGGCCGCUACGCGCGCAAUGAGAGCACUUUGGUGUGCUUUACUGGCCGCUAGGGCGGCGACAAAGAUGGCGCUUAGUAGCGCUCCGCCGGCCGCUAGUUCAGGCACUGUCGCGCUCAAAAGAGCCAAACCAAAAGCUAAAAAAUUUCGAAAACGACCUGCGAAAACAACAACAAUGAGCAAAGAACCUACCAGAAUCUAUUACUAUCUAUUCUUACCAAGUAUAAAUUGCACUAAGAGAAUUCUAACCUCUUGUGUCUUAGGGAAUAAAUUUUCCCCACCAAUCAAUAUGCGUCUAUGCACGCUGCCGGUCACCAAAAAAGUGCUUUGACCGGAACCAGCCUAGCUUAAGCUAGCUGCGCAUGCGCGUGGUGACACAAACGUCAAAGCUGAGCUUUCCAGUGCAACUCGCUACACGUCAAAUUUGAGCUUUUCAGCGCAGCUGAUGCACUACUUAAAGCUCGGCUUUACAGCGCAGCUGAUGCACUUAAAGCUGCGCCCUUAGUUGAAAUUUCUUGCAUACUUUUAGGAC